CCAGAAGACAACGUGGAAUUGCAAUUGCUCAGCACUUGUAUAAAAAUGACAAUUUUGAAAUCAGGACUUCUACGAUCAAUCCUCUGUUUGUGGUAGGAAAAGUUACAAGAAAACUUCAAAGUAUUACGAUUAAGAAUUUUGAUAGUAUCACCAUUGAUUCUAAGCGUCUGAUAACAUUUUCCAAAAGUAUCUUGUCUGAUGCGAGAAAAAACGUUUCUUCAAACUUGGAUAGUACAGAAACAAAUCGAUCAAAUAUUGAUGAUGAGGACUCUACAGCCUGGAAGCAGAGCGCAGCAAAAUCUAUGCCUACUCAGCGAAAGAGGGGUAUUCGAUGGAAGUAUGGAACUUUUACGCGAGCGCGAAUGCACACACACAUAUAUGAAAGUUUACACCAAACUAGGCUUUCCCCAACAAUAACAUCUAGAACGAUCACGCAUUCUCAAAAUAUACAAUCAAAACCAACUAAUGAUACUCCAACAAAACCAACGAAGUAUCCUCUGACGAAACAAAGCAAACCUAAACCAAUCGAG